GGGGCGGUGACGAAAUUUACAGUCAAGUUCCCGGAUGUUCGAAAUGUUUCCCACACGAACUCAAAUCGUCAUCGUCACAUUUAAACUCUUCCUCUGAAGCUUCCAGCUCUGAUUUAUUCAGUUGUUGGUGUUUCUCUCUGAGGAUAUUUGACGACUGAGAAUGAUGAACUGCUGCGGUCUCGUCACUAAAGAAAAUCAGCCAGUUCCUCUGAAGAGCAUCAGUGUUGAGGUGCAGGUGAAGAGUCAUGUAGCUACAGUCACCUCCACUCUGCAGUAUGUGAAUGAGGAAGAGCGCCACCUGGAGGCCUUGUUUGUGUUUCCUCUGCCUGCUGAUGCUGCUGUCUGUCACUUCAGUGCCAAGAUCGGAGAUCAGGAGAUUGUGGCAGAAGUUCAAGAGAGACAAACUGCGAGGUAUUAGUAUGAUGAUGCUGUGAGUUCGGGUCAGCAGGCGUUUCUAUUGGAAGAGAGUGAAGAAAGUUCUGAUGUGUUCAGACUGAGUGUUGGGUGUCUGUCACCGGGUCAGAACGCUGAUAUCACCAUCACAUACAUCACUGAGCUCUCUGUGCAGGAUGACCACUCGCUGCGCUUCUGUCUGCCUGCUGUACUCAACCCCAGAUACACACCAGCAGGUUCAGAUGCUGGAAUAGUUUCAGAGAUUUCGUCAUGUGACUCUGUUCCCUACACUUUGACUCUUAGUGUUCAUGUGAGCUCUCCAAACCCCAUCACCAAACUAGAGUCCAACUGUACUCUGGAUCCUCUUGUGUUCCUCAACUCUGAUCACACUCAGGCAACGGUGAAUCUGAGUUCUGGUCACAAGUUUGAUAAAGAUGUUGAGUUGUUUCUGUACUAUCAGAAUACCCAUCAGCCCACUGCUAUAGUGGAGGCAGGAGUGACCACUGCAAAACCAGGUUCUCUGAUGAGUGACCCAGUGGUGAUGAUAAGUUUGUACCCAGAAUUCCCAGAGGAAGUGAUGUCAUCAUUAGCAACUCAAGGCGAGUUUAUUUUUGUGAUUGACAGAUCAGGCAGUAUGGGCUGUAUGAUGCAUCAUGGGGAAAGAGCACAGAUGCGUAUAGAAAGUGCAAAGGAAACUCUGCUGUUACUGUUGAAGAGUCUGCCCAUGGGCUGUUACUUUAAUAUCUAUGGAUUUGGCUCUCAUUUUGAGUCUUUCUUCCCUCAGAGUGUUGUGUACAAUCAGGACACAAUGGAUCAGGCACUGAAAAAAGUCAAUGAAAUGACAGCAAACAUGGGUGGCACAGAGAUUUUACAGCCCCUAAAACACAUCUACAGUCAACCCUGUUACCCUGAACACCCCAGACAGUUGUUUGUCUUCACUGAUGGAGAGGUGGAGAACACUAAAGAGGUUCUGGAUCUUGUGAAACUUCAUGCUGAAUCUCAGAGGUGUUUCUCAUUCGGGAUUGGUGAGGGUGCAAGUACCGCCCUCAUCACAGGAAUGGCCAGAGAGGGAUCUGGACACCCCCAGUUCAUCACAGGCACAGACCGCAUGCAACCCAAAGUGAUGGAGUCUCUCAGGUUUGCUCUUCAGCCUGCAGUGAACAAGAUCUCAGUACAGUGGAAAGUACCAGAUGGCAUUACUGUUGACACGCUGUCUCCACCCAUCAAUGUGCUCUUUCAAGGUCAAAGGUCACUCAUUUAUGCCCAACUUAAAGGACAGAGUUCAGAAAGCUCUGAAGGAUCAGUGAUAGUUCAAUACAACCUGAAAGAUCAACCAGUGACAAACCAGCUUCACUUCUGCCUUAAACCAGCUGAGGACACUGGGUUGUCCAUCCAUCGACUGGUGGCCCGGUCUCUGAUUCACUGUCUGGAGCAGGAGGAGAGGACAGGAGGUGUAGAUGUGGAUGAUAUCAGGAGGAGGAUGGUGGAGAUCAGUGUUGAAGCAGGAGUGAGCAGUGUUCAUACAGCCUUCAUUGCCAUUAAUAAACACAACAGAGAGGCUGUGAAAGGACCUCUGAUACAGAGAAGAGUACCAACACAAGGGUGGCAGAUGGCCGGUGGUGGGAUACCAUUGUUUUGUAAGACAAGUAAUAAUUUUUCUCUUAUCUUAUAUAUGUUUUGUGAAAGUUUUAGUUCAAAUGACAAUUUGGAUUUGUUUCCUAAUAUAUAAAAAAGU